CACGUGUGGCUAUAAACCCUUCCGUUGUGAGGUUUGUAACUACUCUACCACGACCAAAGGCAACCUCAGUAUUCAUAUGCAGUCCGACAAGCACCUGAACAACGUUCAGAAUCUCCAGAACGGCAACGGUGAGCAGGUGUUUGGCCACUCUGCCCCGGCCGCCAACACCAGCCUCAGCGGCUGCGGAACGCCCUCUCCGUCCAAACCCAAGCAGAAGCCCACCUGGCGGUGUGAGGUGUGCGAUUACGAAACCAACGUCGCCAGGAACCUCCGCAUUCACAUGACGAGCGAAAAGCACAUGCACAAUAUGAUGCUUUUGCAGCAGAACAUGAAGCAGAUCCAGCAUAACCUGCACCUCGGCCUGGCCCCCGCGGAGGCGGAGCUUUAUCAGUACUACCUGGCCCAGAAUAUAGGCCUGACCGGGAUGAAGCUGGAAAACCCUGCCGACCCGCAGCUGAUGAUCAACCCGUUCCAGCUGGACCCGGCCACGGCGGCCGCCCUGGCCCCGGGACUUGUAAAUAAUGAGCUGCCGCCUGAAAUCCGGCUUGCCAGUGGUCAGCUAAUGGGUGAUGACCUGUCCCUCCUUACUGCAGGAGAGCUGUCACCUUAUAUCAGUGACCCAGCGCUGAAGCUAUUCCAGUGUGCUGUUUGCAACAAAUUCACCUCUGACAGCCUGGAGGCCCUAAGCGUGCACGUGACCAGCGAGCGCUCUCUCCCCGAAGAGGAAUGGAGGGCUGUAAUUGGAGAUAUCUACCAGUGCAAGCUCUGUAACUACAACACCCAGCUCAAAGCCAACUUCCAGCUCCACUGCAAGACUGAUAAACAUAUGCAGAAAUACCAACUGGUGGCCCACAUUAAAGAAGGGGGCAAAAGCAACGAGUGGAGACUCAAGUGUAUUGCCAUUGGCAACCCCGUCCACCUGAAAUGCAACGCCUGUGACUACUACACCAACAGUGUGGAUAAAUUACGCUUGCACACCACCAACCACAGGCACGAGGCGGCCCUGAAGCUCUACAAGCACUUGCAAAAGCAAGAGAGUGCGGUGAAUCCUGAAUCCUGCUAUUACUACUGUGCCGUGUGUGAUUAUUCCACCAAGGUCAAGUUGAACCUGGUACAGCACGUCCGUUCCGUGAAGCAUCAGCAGACCGAGGGCCUACGUAAGCUGCAGCUCCACCAGCAAGGACUGGCACCGGAGGAGGACAGCCUCAGUGAGACCUUUUUUGUUAAAGACUGCCCACCAAAUGAGCUUGAAACUGCCUCUUUGGGAGCUAGGACCUGUGAUGACGACCUUACGGAACAGCAGUUGAGAGCAGCCUCAGAAGAACAAAAUGAAGAGGUAGAAGGAGCUAUUAAACCUCCAACAACAGUAGCUGAGGAGGAUGAGAAAGACAGAAGUGAGAGAGACACUGGUGAAGGCAAAAACUCUAAUAAAGACUCUGGAAUAAUCACACCAGAAAAGGAACUAAAAGUCAGUGUGUCAGGGGUGACCCAGCCACUCCUGCUGGCAAAAGAAGAAGAUGUUGCAACAAAGAGAUCAAAACCAACAGAGGACAAUAAAUUCUGUCACGAACAGUUCUAUCAGUGUCCUUAUUGUAACUACAAUAGUAGGGACCAAAGUCGUAUCCAGAUGCACGUCCUGUCACAACACUCAGUGCAGCCCGUCAUCUGCUGUCCCCUCUGCCAGGACGUCCUCAGCAAUAAGAUGCACCUCCAGCUGCAUCUGACGCACUUGCACAGCGUGUCUCCGGACUGUGUGGAGAAGUUGCUCAUGACAGUGCCUGUCCCUGAUGUCAUGAUGCCAAACAGUUUGCUUCUGCCAACGGCCGCCUCUGAAAAAUCGGAGCGGGACACACCUGUAGCCAUCCCAGCUGAGGGGUCUGGGAAAUAUUCAGGUGAAAGUCCAAUGGAUGACAAAAGUAUGGCAGGUCUUGAUGACUCGAAGGCUAGCGUGGAAAUAAAGAGUGAGGAGCAGAAACCAACGAAAGAACCCAUGGAAACGUCGGAAUGGAACAAAAAUAGCAGCAAGGAUAUGAAAAUUCCUGACACACUGCAAGAUCAAUUAAGCGAGCCGCAGAAAAGGCAGCCCCUCUCUGUUUCCGACCGCCACGUGUACAAGUACCGCUGUAACCACUGCAGCUUGGCUUUCAAGACGAUGCAGAAGCUUCAGAUACAUUCCCAGUAUCAUGCGAUUCGGGCCGCAACGAUGUGUAAUUUCUGCCAGCGCAGUUUCCGUACAUUCCAGGCUUUAAAAAAACAUUUGGAAGCAGGCCACCCCGAACUGAGUGAAGCCGAACUUCAACAGCUGUAUGCCUCGCUGCCCGUGAACGGUGAGCUCUGGUCCGAGAGUGAAAGUAUGGCCCAGGACGACCAUGCCCUAGAGCAGGAAAUGGAGAGAGAGUAUGAGGUGGACCACGAGGGAAAGGCAAGUCCUAUAGGAAGUGACAGUAGCUCCAUUCCCGAUGACACGGGCUCUGAACCAAAGCGGACCUUGCCUUUUAGAAAAGGGCCAAAUUUUACGAUGGAAAAAUUCCUCGAUCCGUCUCGCCCGUAUAAAUGUACAGUGUGUAAAGAGUCGUUCACCCAAAAGAACAUUCUCUUGGUCCAUUAUAAUUCAGUUUCUCAUCUGCAUAAGUUGAAAAAGGUUUUGCAGGAAGCCUCCAGUCCCGUUCCUCAAGAAACCAACAGCAGCACAGACAACAAACCCUACAAGUGCGGCACCUGCAACGUGGCCUACAGCCAAAGCUCCACCUUGGAAAUCCACAUGAGGUCGGUGCUACACCAGACAAAGGCCAGGGCAGCCAAGCUGGAGCCAAGCGGCCACGUGGCCGGUGGGCACAGCCUUGCAGCCAACGUUAGCAGUCCCGGCCAAGGGAUGCUGGAGUCCAUGAGUUUAGCAGCAGUAAGCAGCAAAGAUAUCCACUUAGAUGCCAAAGAAUUAAAUAAAAAGCCAACUCCGGAAUUAAUCUCUGCUCAGCCUACACAUCACCCACCGCAGUCACCAGCACAAAUUCAGAUGCAACUCCAGCACGAGUUACAACAGCAAGCUGCAUUCUUCCAGCCUCAGUUUCUCAACCCAGCCUUUUUGCCUCAUUUUCCGAUGACCCCAGAAGCACUGCUCCAGUUUCAGCAGCCCCAGUUUCUCUUUCCAUUCUACAUCCCCGGGACAGAGUUCAGCUUGGGGCCGGACUUGGGCCUGCCGGGCUCGGCCGCAUUUGGUAUGCCUGGCGUGGCGGGCAUGGCCGGAUCCUUGCUCGAAGACUUGAAGCAACAGAUUCAAACCCAACAUCACGUUGGUCAGACCCAACUGCAAAUACUGCAGCAGCAAGCACAGCAGUACCAGGCCACACAGGCCCCGCUGCCGUCUCAAAAGCAGCCCCAGCAGCCCCAGCCGCAGCAGCAGCCGAGCAAACUACCGAAACAAGACCAGACCAACCUGGCCAGUGCCGACUGCCCAGUCAUGAAGGACAUGCCACCUUACAAGGAGGCAGAAGAAACUGCCGAAAAGCAGGAAAAGCCAAAGCAAGAAUUCAUAAGCGAAGGUGAAGGACUCAAAGAAGGCAAGGACUCGAAGAAGCCAAAACCGUCGGAGCCGUCCCUCCCACCCCCCCGAAUAGCUUCAGGGGCCAGAGGAAACGCAGCCAAGGCGCUGCUGGAAAACUUUGGGUUUGAGCUGGUCAUUCAGUAUAAUGAAAACAGGCAGAAGGUGCAAAAGAAGGGUAAAGGCGGGGAAGGUGAAAACUCGGAUAAACUGGAAUGUGGGACUUGCGGGAAACUGUUCUCCAACGUGCUCAUUUUAAAGAGUCACCAGGAACACGUGCACGGGCAGUUCUUUCCAUACGGCGCCCUAGAGAAGUUUGCGCGUCAGUACCGCGAGGCCUACGACAAGCUGUAUCCGAUUUCGCCGUCUUCGCCAGAAACGCCACCUCCCCCGCCCCCGCCGCCCCCGCUGCCUCCAGCCGCUCCGCAGGCCACGUCCAUGGGGCCAGUGAAAAUCCCAAGUACGGUGUCCACCCCCCUGCAGGCCCCGCCCCCCACCCCUCCCCCUCCCCCGCCACCCCCUCCUCCGCCCCCGCCGCCCCCUCCCCCGCCGCCCUCGGCCCCCCCGCAGGUCCAGCUGCCGGUGUCCCUGGAGCUUCCCCUGUUCCCUUCCAUCAUGAUGCAGCCCGUGCAGCACCCGGCCCUGCCGCCCCAGCUGGCCCUCCAGAUGCCCCAGAUGGACUCGCUCUCCGCAGACCUCACUCAGCUUUGCCAGCAGCAGCUCGGACUGGACCCCAACUUCCUACGGCAUUCUCAGUUCAAACGGCCGCGGACAAGAAUUACAGACGAUCAGCUGAAAAUCCUGAGGGCUUAUUUCGACAUCAACAACUCCCCGAGCGAAGAACAGAUCCAAGAAAUGGCGGAGAAGUCCGGCCUGUCCCAGAAAGUGAUCAAGCACUGGUUCCGAAACACGCUCUUCAAGGAGCGGCAGCGAAACAAGGAUUCGCCCUACAACUUCAGCAAUCCUCCCAUCACCGUUUUGGAAGACAUCCGCCUGGACCCGCAGCCCUCUUCCUUGGAGCACUACAAAUCGGACGCCUCGUUCAGCAAACGGUCCUCUCGGACCCGCUUCACUGACUACCAGCUGAGGGUCCUACAAGACUUCUUCGACACCAACGCUUACCCCAAGGACGAUGAGAUCGAACAGCUGUCCACGGUCCUCAAUCUUCCCACCCGGGUGAUUGUGGUGUGGUUCCAGAACGCUCGGCAGAAAGCCCGGAAGAGUUACGAGAACCAGGCAGAGACGAAAGAUAACGAAAAACGGGAACUCACCAACGAACGGUACAUUCGAACCAGCAACAUGCAGUACCAGUGCAAGAAGUGCAGCGUGGUGUUCCCCAGGAUCUUCGACCUGAUCACCCACCAGAAGAAGCAGUGUUACAAGGACGAAGACGACGACGCGCAAGACGAAAGCCAAACCGAAGACUCCAUGGACGCCACCGACCAGGUGAUGUACAAGCAUUGCACAGCGUCGGGCCCCACGGAUGCAGCGAGAAGCGCGGCUGCCCCUGCAGCGGGGUCCGGCUCUGGGACGAGUACCCCUCUGAUCCCGUCGCCCAAACCGGAACCUGAGAAGACGUCUCCAAAACCCGACUAUCCCACAGAAAAGCCAAAGCAGAGUGACCCCCCGCCCCCUUCUCAAGGCGCCAAGCCAGCCCUGCCGUUAGCAUCGACCUCCUCGGACCCGGGGCAGGCCUCGGCAGCUCCGCCCCAGCCCCCCAAACAACCCCCACUUAUUGGAAGACCCCCGUCGGCCUCUCAGACCCCGGUGCCGUCCAGUCCACUGCAAAUCUCCAUGACUUCUCUCCAGAACAGUCUACCUCCGCAGCUACUCCAGUACCAGUGCGACCAGUGUACGGUGGCCUUCCCGAGCCUGGACCUCUGGCAGGAGCACCAACACAUGCAUUUCCUCGCUGCUCAGAACCAGUUCCUUCACUCUCCGUUCUUGGAACGGCCCAUGGAUAUGCCCUACAUGAUAUUCGACCCCAAUAACCCCCUGAUGACCGGACAGCUGCUGACUGGUUCUCUGUCACAAAUGCCACCCCAGCCCGGCGCCUCCCACGCCGCGGCCCCCGCCACGGUCGCUGCUUCCCUGAAAAGAAAACUGGACGACAAAGAGGAGAACAACGGCAGUGAAAAGGAGGGCGGGAAUAGCGGUGAGGACCAACACCGCGACAAACGCCUGAGAACCACCAUCACCCCGGAACAACUGGAAAUACUCUAUGAGAAAUACUUGCUGGAUUCUAAUCCGACCCGGAAGAUGCUCGAUCAUAUCGCGCGGGAAGUGGGGCUGAAAAAAAGAGUCGUGCAAGUCUGGUUCCAGAACACCCGAGCCCGGGAAAGGAAAGGCCAGUUCCGGGCGGUGGGUCCGGCCCAGUCUCAUAAACGGUGUCCCUUCUGUCGCGCUCUGUUUAAGGCCAAAUCGGCCCUCGAAAGUCACAUCCGCUCUCGGCACUGGAAUGAAGGGAAGCAGGCAGGGUACAGCUUGCCCCCCAGUCCUUUGAUAUCGGCCGAAGAUGGGGGCGAAAGCCCGCAGAAGUACAUUUAUUUCGAUUAUCCGUCUUUGCCGUUAACCAAAAUCGAUCUGGUCUCCAGUGAGAAUGAAUUGACAUCUACCGUGUCAACGCCCGUGAGUAAAACAGCGGAGCUGUCGCCCAAGAAUCUGUUAAGCCCUUCCUCGUUUAAAGCGGAGUGUCCCGAGGAUGUCGAGACCUUCAAUGCCCCUCCUGCCGAGGCUGGGUAUGAUCAAAGCAAAACUGAUUUUGAUGAGACGUCAUCAAUUAAUACGGCGAUCAGUGACGCCACCACCGGCGAUGAGGGCAACGCCGAAAUGGAAAGCACCACGGGAAGCUCUGGAGACGUGAAGCCAGCUUUAUCUCCUAAAGAGCAGAAAACCCUUGAUGCUUUGCCCAAAACAGCAACCACUCCCACCACGGAGGUUUGCGAUGAAAAAUUCCUCUUCUCUCUCACGAGCCCCUCCAUCCACUUCAGUGACAAAGAUGGUGACCACGACCAAAGCUUUUAUAUCACGGAUGACCCCGAUGACAACGCCGACCGCAGUGAAACGUCCAGCAUCGCCGACCCGAGUUCACCAAACCCUUUUGGAUCCGGCAAUCCUUUUAAGUCCAAAAAUAACGACCGGCCAGGUCACAAGCGUUUCCGAACCCAAAUGAGCAAUCUUCAGCUGAAGGUGCUCAAGGCGUGCUUCAGUGACUACCGAACUCCGACCAUGCAAGAGUGUGAGAUGCUAGGGAAUGAGAUCGGUCUGCCCAAACGCGUGGUCCAGGUGUGGUUCCAAAAUGCAAGGGCCAAAGAGAAGAAAUUCAAAAUUAACAUCGGGAAGCCUUUCAUGAUCAAUCAAAGUGGGACAGAAGGCACCAAACCGGAGUGCACCCUGUGUGGGGUGAAGUACUCUGCCCGCUUGUCCAUCAGAGACCAUAUUUUCUCCAAACAGCACAUUUCAAAAGUGAGGGAGACCGUUGGGAGUCAGCUGGACCGGGAGAAAGAUUACUUGGCUCCCACCACCGUUCGGCAGCUCAUGGCACAGCAAGAACUCGAUCGCAUAAAGAAAGCUUCAGAUGUGCUGGGCCUGGCGGUCCAGCAGCCCAGUAUGAUGGACAGCAGCUCCCUCCACGGCAUCAGCCUGCCAGCGGCCUACCCAGGCCUCCCCGGCCUUCCUCCAGUCCUUCUCCCUGGAAUGAACGGUCCAUCUUCCUUGCCCGGAUUCCCGCAAAAUUCAAACACUUUAACACCUCCCGGUGCAGGCAUGCUUGGGUUUCCUACUUCAGCUACGUCUCCUGCCCUGUCUCUCAGCAGUGCCCCCACCAAACCUUUGCUGCAGACUCCUCCUCCUCCUCCUCCUCCCCCGCCUCCCCCUCCUCCUCCAUCCUCUCUGCCAGGACAGCAGACCGAGCCGCAGAACAAAGAAUCGGAGAAAAAGCAAAGUAAGCCAAACAAGGUCAA